UAAACACCGUGACUGUUGAGAAGGGCAAACGUGAGAUUACUCGUAGUGCCUUUGACGAUCGUGCUUUUCCGUGUUAACUCCCAGACGCACAAACACAGGAAUGCGGAGUACAGCUAUGUCGACGCUUCACAGGAGGCGAGCAUACGUCCCGAUUCUGGUGUCGUUUGUCGCGGGAAUGGUGACUCAGAUGUUCUUCAACUCGUAUGAAGUCAGCAUGUUCGAGGGUUGGCCCGCCAUAACGCCAUACACCUGUCCGGUAAGGUUUCAGGUUAUGGGGAACUGUUCGUGCGUGGAUCUGCAGUCUCAGCUGUCCAAGUGCCAUCAGACAAAGUUCAUCACACAGUUCAAGACAUGCCACGUCCCGAUACAGAAGACCAAGACUGGCGCCAAGGGUCCAAAGAAAAUAUUUUUAGACUGUGGAGCGAAUGUCGCCUCCAGCGUUCAACUAUUCAGGGAAACGUACCCAGGCGGACAUGACUACGCCAUUCAUUCGUUCGAACUGGACGGACGGUUACGGCCGUACUUCGCUCCGUACUCAAACCACGAGUUGCACUGUCCAACUGCUGUCUCGGACACAGACGGAGAGAUGACGGCGUUUUCGGAAUCGGCCUGGUCGCCAGACAAGGGGAAGAACAACGGCGUAGACAUGCAGUGGGGAGGGGGGUCUCUGUUCGUCAGUGAGGACGAGAAACAGGACACGGACACAGGCGGGCACAGAAAACUCUCCCACCGCAGACCGGUGCCAACGGUCGACCUGUCCCGGUGGAUACAGGCCAACUUUGCAGUAGAGGAUGACAUAGUGUUCAAACUCGACGUCGAAGGAGCAGAGUACGCCAUCCUGAAGAAGAUGCUGAAAGACGGCACAUUCCGAUGGAUUGACAAGUUUUAUGGUGAGUUCCAUCCCUGGCAACCAACCGGACUCAGCUGGAGCGAAAAGGACCAGUUGAUGGACGAGUUAGCGAAGAAGAAGAUCACUCAGCUGUCCUGGGCGGCAGAGGAGCAGGAUUAUCAGGAUAUAGAAGAGUUGCACCAAUCAAAGGUCCCCCGUGGAACCAGCGGCAUAGCCGGGACUGUCUACCGGUCGUGUGGGUUUGGUAGCCCGUCAGUUCCCGGCCGUGUCUCCCUGGUCAUAGAGGUGGGCAUGAACGCCAAGAUGGCGCACAGACUCAUCGAAACCAUCCGAGCUUACAGAGUUUACAUACCACUCAGCGUAUUUGUGUACGGAGACUUUGCCGAGAUUUUCCCCGAGAUGGUCCUGAACUGGUCCCUGAACCACACCGUCGGUGUCCGGGAGGGGCAUCCGUACCCGCCGGGACACUUCGACAUCAUCAACCCGAGAUGGAUCCGUACAAACCUCAUCAUCAGUGUGCUCCGUCUCCAUGAGCUUGGUCUUCAGCCGGCCUUCUACCUCCCGGCCAGGACCGGUAGGGACAUCACCGGCGCUGCAGAACAGAGGAACCUGCGUGUGGUCUACCCAACCGCACGGUUUCCACCGACGAAAGGAACGCUGCUCACCUACAACAACUACUACUACUACCGAGACGUGGAGCGGGUGCCCAAAGCUUUACGCAUGAUUAGUACAGCUUUAGGUCAGAAUGGAGGUAUCCUGAGCCUCAACUCCGAUCACCCUGAUAGUUACAUGAUGUCAGUGUUCCUUCUGGACUAUCUAGUGGAGAACUCUGGUUUCCAGCUGGUUGGAAUUAAUGACUGUAUUGCAGGGGUUUGAAAAGGUAGCCACACUCGUUUCCGGCAGGAAGAAUCAAUGUAAUUAUUUGU